AUGAUAAAAAGCAAGCCUAAUUUAAAUUUCUCAAUAAUUAUGAAUGAGUAUAAAAAGUAUCAAAAUUUAAAAACAACAGAAAACCGAAGAGGAGCUCAAUCUGUGAGCCCUUUUCAAACUAAGCAGUUUCGCCUUGGAAGCUCUGACGAAGGACAAUUAUCAGCAAUUACUAGAAUUAAAAGAAAGCCAGCCUAUUCAGUUUCGCAUGAGCCUGAAAGAUCGAAAACGCUAAUUGAUAUUGCUUCAGAGCAAAUUCUGAAGCAAAAGCAAAAUAAUUAUGUCUCUGAAAAAUCUCAAACUUUACGCUUGAACCUCACUCAAAAGCCGCCGAUUUCUUCUUCACAUAAACUUCUUAGACACAGUAAAGCGAAUGCUUAUUCAAGCAUCACAGAAAACUCUGAGCUGUUAAUGAAACUCGAAAAUACUUUGCAGCAGCGGCGCAAUUCAUUUGAUCCUAUCACAACUUUAAGGACAAUUCUUCCGAAUUGGCUUAUGUCGAGAAAUGAUUUUUAUUCAGCUUACAUGAAGAUAAAGCAGCAUGUUGGACUUAACUUAGUUGAAGUUUGUUUAGAAUCACCAUCCAAAAGGACAGAUAAUGAAAAAGAAGCAUUAGUUAAGUGGGUAUCAAGCACAAAAUUUUUCUCAUCAAUGCCAAAAGUGAUUGUCCAAGAGACAUGUGACAGGUUCACGGUUUUAGAAUUUCAGUCCGGAGCACAAAGUAAGUGUUUAUUUAGUCAUCAAAAAAGAUGAUGUCGCUGACUGCAUGUAUUUAAUAUACAUUGGGACUGUGGGGAUAUAUGUUGAUGGAACAAGAGUGGGUCAAAGAGCCCAAGGGGAUUCUCUUGGCGAGACUGCUCUGGAUAACGUGAAGCUAAGGUCAGCUGAUGCGAUAGCAGAAACCCAAGCAAUUCUUUUUAGGCUCAAAAAGGUAGACUAUGAAAAUAUCAUUCUCAACUUAAAAAAGCUGGAAAAGUUUGAGUACACCAAAUUCCUCAUGACUAUCCCAUUUUUCCAACGAUGAAGCUUCAUAAAAGUCCAGAAUCUAAGCAACUUGCUUGUGCAGUCUCAGUACAAGCCUGGAGACAGUAAUCACUAUAUAGUUAUAUAUGAGAAAGAAGAUACAUGCAGCACAUUUUAUAUAAUAAAAGAAGGAAGCAUUCAGCUCCAGACCUAUACGCAUUUAGAAAUGCAAAACAAAUGGCCAAUUGGAUCCAAGCAGUGGAAGCUAAGGAAAAUCACAAAUAAAUUUAUUUAUCCUUUAAAAACCUUCCACAAAGGAGAGUUCUUUGGAGAGGCUGAAAUAAUUAAAAAUUGCCCAAGAGAAACCAGGGCUGUUGCUAUUGAGCAGUCGACCUGUCUGGUUCUGAAUAAAGAUGAAUUUCUUGAUCUAUUUCCAGCAAGGGAGAAGGAAUUUCUUUCACAGAGGUAUAAAAUGAAGAUGCCAAGCAAAGAAGAAAUGGAAACAGAAAUUAAGCAUGAAAUGUUCUCAAAUGAAGAAAAAGCAGAAAUCUUGUUAAAAGCUAUGAACCUGGGCCAUGGGUUCGAAGGGGGAAGAGACUAUUUGCUAGAUCCGGUAUAAAUUAUAUAGAGAGCAAAACGACUCAAAGGAUGGUAUAGUUCAUUGAAGGAGAGAACUCGCAGGCAAAGGGCCAAAAUCCAAAGCAAAAUAGUAGAUCAAACUGAAGAAAACCUAGAUACAUCUAGGUAA